GACUCGCCUAAAAACGCUGGCAUCCCCUACCUCUCUGCUCGAGGUCGAUCAUUGCCGUUGCGAGAAACGCGCCCGCAGCGGUAACGCCUCCCGCGCGCGAUUCGGCGGCCAUGGCGGCGCGGUCGACUAUGCUGCGCGAUCUGCUCGGAGUAAACCUUCGGAAGAUGUUCGUGCAGGAAGUCGGUUCAGGUGGCACCCUCUUCGCGACAACACCUCGUGCGCGCGAUUCGGCGGCCAUGGUGGCCCGGCCUGCUAUGCUGCGCGAUCCCCUCGGGGCGCACCUUCGGAAGAAGGGAUUCCACAUCCAUCCGCCUUACCUUCGUUUGUCAAGGUCCAUGAAAGCAAGUGACCAGUUCAAGGCUGGCUCCAGGAACUUUUCCUCGUUCAACAAGCAAAGGUCUGUGUUCCGAUCCUCUGUGACAGUUGAGGAGAUUAAAAUCAAGCUCAAGGCAUUUGCAAAGAAUUGCUGGGAUGGUCUUGACCCAAGAGUACAAAAUGUUAUAAUUGAUGGAGCAGGAAAAGGCGUGAUAGUCAUGGUAUCAAGCCAUGGGUAUCUUCUCUACCUGAAGUCCAUGUCAGAGAGGCAAACCAAGCUUGAAGCAUGCCUAGCUGAAAUUAAAGAGGACAGUGAGAAGGCUAUUGCUGAGCUCAAGGCUGAGGUGAAAUCUCUCUCGAUGUACCACGAGGAGUUCAUGGCAAAACAUCAAAAGCUGGAGACUGAUCUGAAAGAGCUGAAGUUCCUCAAGGACUUAUGGAUGUCAGUAGUAUAUGAGGAAAGCUCCAAGGCGUAUCUUGAAGUCAAGAAGGAAUGACCAUGGUGUGGAGGAUGAGUGAAUCACUAUUCACUAUUGUAUCUGGGAUCGUUGUCUGAGUGACUAUUAAUCUGGAUCCAUGCUGGCUGAGUGUAGUAGCCUCAAUAGGACAUGCCUGAGUAAUAGGCUCAUUAGGACUAUAGAGCGUUGAUUGAGGAGGGAAAUUUUAUUGAGCGUUGAUUGAGGGAGGCUUCAUUGAUACCAGUUGUGACUUUGAAAACCAUCCCCAAAUAAAUCAAUUUCUAGAAUCAAUGUCAGUCAAA